AUGAAUCAUAACAUAUCAUUCAUCAUUUUUAUGGCAUUAUUUUGCCUAAUUCAUUGCGCUGAAGAUAAUGAAUCGAAAAUUCCAUUAAUAUUAUGGUCAAUGAACGGCAUUGAUCCAUUAUCUGCACCAAAAUCAUCAUUAAUCGAUGAUGUUUAUCCAGAAGAUUUAUUACAAAUGUAUCAUGUUGAUGAUGGUAGUAAACAAACACAAAAAAUAGCAUUCCUACAGAAUGAUUUAAAUAUUGAACAAUUUUCACAAAAUAAUCUACCAUUUUUAUCUCGGUUAUUCGAUGAAAAUGAUGCGAUGUUUUUCCCAUAUUCAAAAUAUGAACCAGAAUUUUUUGAAUCAAAAUUCGAAAAAAUCAUACGAUUACCAGAAGAUACAUUGGAAAAAAAUGAACCAAUCAUUCAAUCUUAUGUUGAACAAUUUAAUCAAACUUUACGACCAACAAUAUUUAUGUUGACUGGUGAAAAGAAUUCUGUUUUUGAUGAAUUAAAUCAAUCAAAAAUACGUGUUCGUCGUUCAGCGGAUAUUGAUGCUUCGAAAGUAUUGAAAUUUCCAAAUGAUGAUCAGCCAUGUGCAUAUAUGUAUACAACGAAAAUUGAUUUAAUGAUUCGAGUCAAAAUGUUUUUUGAUCGUGAUCGAACAUCCUGGUGGGGAAUAAAAUCCAUUGAACUUGCUGAAAUCGGUGGUGGUAGCAGCAACGAUGCCGAAAAUGAAUAUUCAAAUCGUAAUCUUACAAUCAAUAAUGAAAAUGGAUUUUCUUAUAGCUGUUCGAAAAAAUCCUACCGGUUGUUCAUUAACAAUUCUUAUGUUCCAGGUGAAAAAUUCGUCGAAAUCCAAUUCAAUCGAUUUCAAAUACAACCAUUCGUACGAUCGAAAAGUUUAAAAAUGUUUGAAAAAAGUUUUGAUUGUGCCGUAUGGUUUACAUUACCCAUUAUAUCUAGUCUAAUUGUUUCAUUAUUAUUAAUAUUGAUUCUUUUCUUUGGAAUACGAGCCGUUAUGUCGAUUAGUACACCGGAUCGUUUUGAAAAUCCUAAAUCAAAAGGAUUGAUUCUUGGUGCUGUCGAUGAAUAG